AUGAUAAACUUCUAUGAAACCAUAGACAAGAAGAAGCUCAAGAAGUUUCCGAAGAAUGAGCAUUUCGAGUUGCCCUUUCGCAUGUGCGUAGCAAGUCCAUCGGGCAGCGGGAAGAGUAACACCGUACUCUACAUCAUCGCGUUGUUGAGCAAAUGCUUUACGAAGAUCGGCAUCUGCACGAAGACAAAUGAAACCCUGUACGAUCAUCUCAAAGACACUAUUGAUAAUGUAGAUGUGAUCGAAGAAGGAAUGGUCCCUGCGAUGGGCGAGUAUGACUCCGAAACGAGCAACCUAGUUAUCUUCGAUGACUUGGUUCUAGAGCCAAAGAAGACUCAAGCUUAA